AUGGCUAAACGAACGAGCUCCAUUUCCUUGAGGAGCCCGCGACACUCUGCAAGCCGUGAAUCGCCAUCGGCGUCAUCGACGUUUGCAUCAGCUAUCCUGGGUCCAGAAUCAGAGGACUGGGUCAAACACUGGUCCAGUGUCAAUGCAAGAGAUCUUAUCGAUUCCCGCAUCGUCGCUGUGGAGGCAGACAUCUCCGUCGAAGGCGCCUGUGAUGCAAAAAAUAUUCCCUGUCUUGCUGUCAAAGCCCUCCCCGGCACCACGACUUGCCCGUUCGCUGGUCUCUUCGACUUCUCAGACGUUAACGCGUUCUUGACGUUGGCCGCAACUCGGCAUACCAUUCCCCCACAUGAAUUGAAAGCAAAUGGAAGCGCUGACCAAAUCAUGUCCGCCGCUCGUUCAGGCCACGUUCCCGUUCACCUUGUUAGCAACCUGUCCGAGAAGAACUUUUUGGAGACAGCACCCCACGAUGCUUCGGUCGUGUCCCUGUUAGCCGUGUUCGCACGCGGCGCGCACCGAGUACUUGUUCAUUCUCCUCCGCCCUUCCAACGACUUCCUUGGAAUGGUGUCCGACAGGGGUCUUCUAUCGUGGUUCUUCGCGUACUCGACGCUAUGCGCCUCAUGAGCGAGCAAGGCGUCAGCAGCAUUGCUGUAAUCGAUGAGGAGCACGGUUCGUUACUGAGCGCUGUAAGUGUGACGGAUAUCGGAAAGAUGGUGGUUCCGUCGGAAAGCAACCAAAUUUUAUCGGCGCCGCUCCACCGGUUCAUUGCUCAAAUCAAGGCGCCGGACGGUUCUAUCGACGGCAUCGAUAAAUAUCCUAGUGAGCGACGUCCCAUAACGGCAUUUAAUUUAGGUUUGUUGACCGGAAACCCAGUAUAUCUCGUGUUCCCAACAAACAAAUUAUUGUUUGCACUUCAGAAACUGUUGGCUACCAAUGCACACCGCCUUUUCGUGACUGACAACGACUACCUACCUCCGGCUGCCUAUCCUUUAUCUAGUACGGGCAGCCUAUGUGGAAUUGUUUCCAUUGUUGACAUCCUUUCACUGUUCGCCAUAAUUGCUAAUGUACCAGACGUGGACCCUACGAAACGCAUGCGGCAACGUCGUGCUUCGUCUUCAUCCUCGCAAUCCUCACGUUCCGGGCUAAUAUCCCACGAUUUCACCCGUUCGCGUUCUAACAGCCGUGCGAGUUUACGGCUAAGCGCAAGCCCCAGGAUUAGUAGCGACAAGCGGGGAUACUCGUAA